AUGGCGACUGAUGACUCCGCCGAGCUUCGUGCUCGUCUCGAAACCCUGCCACAAGAGCUCUACGACCAGAUCUACGACUUCACCUUCACUGCUGAGCCGUGCGUCCCUUACCUCGAUCGCUUGAAUUUGUGUCCGCUAGUGCUCCCAUGCGAAGCCCCAAAGCUGGGGAGGCCACUCUUGCAGAAGUCCAAUCGUGUCAAGCUACUUCACGUGGACCGCACAAGCCGCCACAAGUUCGCCCAGUCUUUUUACGGCGGCGAAGGAGCUGCGUUCGUCGCAGAACGUCGCCUGUUUGACCUACUCGAGACGAUCUGCUUUUGGCUACGUUCACUGCCGCUCGAUCACCAAGCCAUGAUACUUGACGUUCGGGCCAUCGCGUCAUCACCACCUGUCCUUCAUACGGUCCCCGGGUUCGUCGAUGAGAAAUAUCCGCUUGAAUGGAAUUUAGAGUACAUGAGCAGCAGAAUUCUGCGUGAGUUCGGCACGCAGGUGUCACAAGCUACGACCUUCGGAGUUGAAGACAAGCUCCCACAAGAACUCUUCGACAGGAUCUACGACUUCACCUUCACUGCCGAGCCAGGCGUACGCUACCUCGACCGCUUCAACCCAUAUCAUCAUCCCAUGUACAUCCCGAGACCUCUAUUCCAGAAGCUAGACUCCAUCAACCUCCUCCACGUCGACCGCGCAAGCCGCAAGCAGUUUGCCGAGUCAUUCUACGGCGGCGAUGGAGCUGUGUUCGUGAUGACAGGCCAUGCGCAGCGGCCCGCAUGGUGGAUAAAACCAGCAUGCAUCGAGUGGUUGUCAAUUCUGCCCUCGCAGCAUCGUGCUCUCAUCAAAGACGUGCGAUGCGCCAUCAAGGGGCACUCGCGGAGACACAGUGGCCGGACACAGGUCACUACGAAUUCGAUUCCUGCGAAUGUGAUCGCUGGAAUGGAGAUGAUGGUCUUGAUUGAACACAUCUCGGAAGUCUUCGGCGAUAAGGUGGUUCAGGUCUUGUCGUUUGGCUAUGAGGACGAGAUCAUCUCUGGCUUGCCCGGCUAUCGCGCACAAGUGUGUCUCUUAGGCGAGGCAAAUUAG